AUGAGUUUCGCCGGUGGAUUUGAGCCAGUACCCUACGAGGUACUAUUCGAAGAAAUAAAACCGACGGAAAGGAUGAGUAGAAGUUGGAUAAUACUAAAAAUAAGACAAAAAAACAAUUUUUAGGCGACUGGGACGCUCAGCAGAAUCCGACUCAAAAACGCCGCAAAACAGUGUCGGUUUUGACGAAGAAACGCGCGAAAUGGACGAGAGACGAUGAGACGAGUGAGUUUUCGGCCGAUAGUGUUGUUUCUAAUCGAAAAUUUCUGCAGUCACCGAUGAAAUUGCGAAAAAAGCGGCCGGAGAAAUGUUGGAUGAAAUACAGGACACUCCGGGAAGAAUUACGCUUCAUAUCGAUUGGUCGGUUAAUUUAUUGCAUUUUGUUUUAUUUGAUUGUUAAAAAUUGACGUAUUAUGUUCAAAAUGGCCUUUUUAGACAUUUUACGGCAUUUCGCAACCAGAGUCGAAAACUAAGCCAAUUCUAGUCUGUUGGUGAGUGCAAUGCACUCUGAAAUGGAGUUAUCCAGUAAUUUAGUUUAAAAAAAAACAAUAAAUUCCCCACAUUUUCAGUCCCCAAUCGGCGGGUCUGUGUCCGCUUCCAUCGGAAAUCGUCCAAAUCGAAGCGUCGAAUUAUUCGAUCGAUAGUCUGCACGAAGGACAAUUGGGAUAUCUGCUGGCUCACGGCGUCCAGCACUUCAACCCGCUUGGUUUGGCGCCGAUUCGAAAAGGAGUCGUCAAAACCGAGGUGAGAAUGGUCUAGAGUCUAUCGAAAUGUUUCAAACGGGCCAAAUGUCAAGGCCUCAAAGAGCCUUCAAAAAGCCUGGACCGGUUUUUUGCCCAGCCCCGCAAAAUCAUGAAAAGUUAUUGACCGUGAAAUGCCUAAUUUUCGAAACCUUUUUGAGAUACCCCCUCGUGAAAUGCCACUGAAAGAGGCGAUUGAGAAACUGAAAAAACCGGAUAAAUGGACGGACGAAUAUGUCGGAUUCUCGGCCGCCAUCGCCAAUAUUCUCCGAAAAUGUGACGUCGAAACUGCGUUCGUUUUUCAGAUCUGUUCAUUCAAAAAUCAUUUUAUUUAGCGAAAAAGUCGCCGAAUCGCUUGCAACUGUGCUAGAAAACGAGGCUCUGGUGGCCGUAAAAAACUAA